AGCUGUUGUAGUUAUUCCACCAAGUAAAUUAACACCAAAAUCUUCAAGAUAUUUACUUACUUUUGAAGAUGAUGAAAACGCUGAGAGAUAUGUCGAGGCACACUAUGUGUUGGAUAUCCCUAAGGAGAGGUAG